AAUAGUAGGUUGCGUAUUGGUAAAGUUUAAGACUUUGGGGGCUUUUCAAAAACCCCUAGAACCUACUUUUGUUCUUGUUUGGUCUAAAAAGGAAUCACAAUUCAUCCAAGUUAUUCUGAGCUUUAUUACUUUUCAUUCCUUCUUAUUACUAUUACAUGCAAAGAACAGAACAAACAAGUGUGUAGAAUUUCUGUGAUCAAAAGCCUUGCAAUAGAUCAUGGAUCGCUAUGAGGUUGUCAAAGAUAUUGGUUCUGGGAAUUUUGCUGUUGCAAAGCUUGUUAGGGAUAUCUUCACCAAAGAGCUUUUUGCUGUUAAGUUUAUUGAGAGAGGCCAAAAGAUUGAUGAUAAUGUCCAAAGGGAAAUCAUGAACCAUAGAUCAUUGAAGCAUCCUAAUAUUGUUAGGUUCAAAGAGGUCCUGCUAACACCAACACAUCUAGCCAUUGUAAUGGAGUACGCUGCUGGAGGAGAACUGUUUGAGAGGAUAUGUAGUGCUGGUAGAUUUAGUGAAGAUGAGGCAAGGUUUUUCUUUCAGCAAUUGAUAUCAGGAGUCAGUUACUGUCAUUCAAUGCUAAUAUGCCAUAGAGAUCUGAAGCUUGAAAACACACUCUUAGACGGAAGCACUGCACCACGAGUCAAAAUUUGCGACUUUGGUUACUCAAAGUCAUCUGUGUUGCAUUCACAACCAAAAUCUACAGUAGGAACUCCAGCUUACAUUGCACCUGAGGUUCUGACGAAGAAAGAAUAUGAUGGAAAGAUUGCAGAUGUUUGGUCUUGUGGAGUCACCUUAUAUGUGAUGUUAGUCGGCGCUUAUCCUUUUGAAGACCCUGCGGAUCCAAAGGACUUUAAGAAAACCAUUUCCAAGAUACUUAGUGUUCAGUACAAAGUUCCUGAUUUUGUACGAGUUUCACCGGAAUGUAUAAAUCUUCUAUCUCAAAUAUUUGUGGCUAAUCCUGAAAAGAGAAUAACAAUACCAGAAAUAAAAAACCAUCCAUGGUUUUUAAGGAACUUACCAGUAGAAUUAAUGGAAGGUGGAAGCUGGCAAAGCAAUGAUGUAAAUAAUCCAUCACAAAGUGUUGAUGAAGUUCUGUCCAUUCUACAAGAGGCAAGAAAACCUCUUAACAACCCUAAGAUUGGUGGACUUCUUAGUGUAGGCAGCAUGGACUUGGAUGAGUUUGAUCUUGAUGCAGAUCUUGAAGAUAUAGAAACAUUUGGUGAUUUUAUGUGUCCUCCUCUUUAAGUGUAUUCAUGAACAAAUAUUAGCUAUUAUUUGUUGUGAGGGUGCUAAAGCUAUCUAGCAUCGACACAUCAGAUUGAAGACGUAUCUGAUGUCCGACACAAACACAUGUAGUUAUGUCCAAAUUAUUUCCAUAUUCUCAAAUUAUUACUAGUGUCGUGUCCGGUAUUUUUAUCUA